CUUGAACGCACCAUCACCAGGUAGCAUGGCUCCUGAACGGUCAAUAAUGUUUGAUUCUCGAUUGUUGUUUCAAGUGAAAGAUUUCACAUUUUGCGACGUAUAAUUUAAGUGUUUUGAUGAACGGAAACCAAUCGAUAAUACAACAGGUUGACCAUGGAUAACAAGAGACGAGGACAGGGUUCGGGGAUUGUCGCCAAUUUAACGGACCGAGGCAAACCCCAAAGAACCACCUACAAGCUCUCCACUUCCAAACCGCUUCCAGACAACACCAACUGCAUGGCCUGUUCAGACGACGGAGGCUUUCUCACUCUGGGUCACUCCUCCGGCGUGUCGGUGUGGUGCGUGCACACCAUGAGGAGCAUGGCCGACUGGCUGCAGGAGGAGACGGAGGUGACGUCCAUCAAGAUGACCAACGUGUGCGAGGCCUUUUACAUGGUCGGCAGUGUGGACAACAUGGGAGUCAUGAGAAUUUUCCUCUAUCAUGGAAAAGACCUUUUCCUGGUCAGUGUUCUGAACAGCAUGCAAAACAUCAACAAGAGAAACGUGUGCUUGACGUUCGAGCUCUUCAAAGGAGGCGACUAUGGCGCGGCGUCAGUCCGGUGUAUGAGUGACACCUGGCUGGAGGUCUAUCGCUUCCCAUCCGAGGAUUGGAUCCGGGAGUUUGAGGCAGCAGCUGCCCGGAAAGAGGAGGAGUCGGAGUCCUUCGUCCCGGAAACCUUGAAGUGGUCUCCCGUCUCCGUUGAGCUGAAGAUCUUCCCUCCCAAAAUCCCUCCAGUGAGGGCAGACGACGCCACCAAAAUCAUCACCUUCUGUUUGUCUCUGGAUGAGCUGGAUGAAGGCUUGAGAACUUGCACCCACCACUUCCUGCUCCCCUGCGGCUCCUGUCCUGCAGAUGUUCACGUCAAGUCAGGACUUCCUGCUGCCGUCUGCAUGUGGUGGAGCGGCAGCCACAACCUCCUGCAGUACUUCUUCCACAAGUCGGAUCAAACAACAGCUGUGGACCUGAAGCCGGACAUCACUUGGCCACACACCAAUGAAAUCACCUGCUCUGCCGUCAGCCGCUGCUUUCGCUUCGUGGCUGUGGGGCUGAGCAACGCUGUGGUGUGUGUGUGGGACCGACUGGCCGGCUCUCCCCUCUCCGUCUCCUCCAUCCCGACGCAGACCUCCCUGCUGCGGGUGCAGUUUGUGGAUUACUGGCCCGUGUGCGCCGACGACUACCAGUCCACCACACUGGAUGAGAACCACCUCAUGGCUCUGUGCAAAAACGGAGCCAUCUUCUCCAUCACUGUAGGACGAGGAGCCAAGUCCAUCACCACUGAGCUGCCAGACAAGCCUCAAAACAAAGGAGACAUGCCCACCAUCACCGAGUCGGUGCAGUUCCUGCGUGGCCUGUUGCUGGUGUGGCACCGGGACGGGAAAAUCCUCUUGGAAGACGUGAUUCACAACACCCCGCUGUGCGCGCUGCUCCGCCCUGCGUCUCACCACAUCGCCUCCCCCUGCACUCCAGUCUACGCUCUCAACGCCAAGCAGCACUCGCUGUACAUCCGCGGUGACCCGCACCAGCGCCGGGGCUGCUCGGCCAAGAAAGAAAACCACAGUGUUCUUCUGACCUUCCACUUCGGAGAGUCGCACGUCAUCAAGCACUACAUCGCCUCCCACCCGCCGUCGCCGCCGCGCAUGAAGAAGCUGAGCUUCGAGGACCUGAAGGAAGACUUCUCUUUCUACCUGCAGGAACGCGUGUUGUCCGUGGACGAGCGUCACGCUGCCAUCAAACACACGUGGGAGCACCUGCAGCAGAGGCGAGAGAACGCUGCCGCUCCGCACAAGUAGCUGCUCCACCCCGACACCUUGACUCUGUAAGUCUCAGUACAUGAUCCAUGAAUCACAUGAAGCCCUUCACAUAACCCGGGCUGCUGGUUCAGCCACGUGUGGUGUCAGGAGAGGUCAGAGAAGAAGGAAGAAACAAACUGCUGUGUAUUAACUCUUUGAUGACCGUUCCAUGUUUAUUGAAUAGAGUGGAUAAGAUGUAGAACAGUUAACACUGUUCAUGAAAGCACCUGUCGAAGCAGUUUUGAAAAUAAAUUAUAACACUUCAUGGCGAUACUUUCAUUAACACUUCACUUAUAUGUUCUUUGGAGAGUUUUUCCAAAUUUCUCAACAGUUUGUAUCAAGUGUAUUUUUUCUGUUUUGUUUUUUUUUAGUAAAUUUUAUCAAUACGACUCCCACCUUCCAAUGAUCACAUGGGUUCAUGUCAUUUCACAAGGGUUUGUUUGUUUACAUGUAUGUAGAUUAAAUAUGGUUAUUGAUCACAAAUGAAAGCAAGAGUCAUGAAUCAUUUCUAUCGCCUCCACCUGCACUCAUAGAACUGUAGUUACAUCCAGAUUUGUUCUCCGUGACUAUGAGCUUUUGACCCUAAAAUAGGGGAAAAAUGAAUGAAUUAUUUAAAUGAGAUGAUGACAAAAUACUUUUUCUUUUAUUAUUUUGCUGACAGUUUGGACACAAAGGUCGUUGUUUGAUGCCUUACGGGUGAGAAUGUGUUGCACAGAGAAUCCUGAGUCUCCAGUUGGGUUCCUCGGUGGUACGAGGCGUAAGUCAGUUCUUGCUUUGACUCAUGGGAGAGUGGUGAGGCUCACAAACGUGGGUGAGUCCCUGUCAUGUGACGGGAAGUGCAUCUGACUCGUGAAAGAAUUUACCGCUUCGGAUCAGAACAUCCUCAGAACCACUCAUCAUCGUCGCCACAGUGUUUUGCUGUUCAGAAGCCCAAUACCAGAGUGAACAAAAGCUCAUCUGCAUCUUGUCUCCUCCACCAGCGCAGACACUUCCUCGCUACCAGAAAUAUCUCUGAGCUUCAAUCUCCCUGAAAGGACCUGAUAACGCUCUUGUUCCGUCUUGGAAAUCUCAUUUGAAUUUGAGGAGCCGGAGAUGAAGAGGCAGGAAGUGUUGUGACGGCGGAGCAGGUGCCAUGACGGAGAGGAUAGAAGCCUUUGUUCUGGCCUCAGGAGCCGCUGUGACCCGGUGUCCUCGCCCCGGGCGGCUUGAUGACGUCACCGUGCCUGGAGGAUGAUUGACAGAUGUGUUGAUCAGCUUGUGAAGUGAAUACUGUCAGUAAGUGGAAGGAUUAUUGAUAAAGAGAUGCAGUGAUCGAUCAUUGACAGGCGGCUCAGCAGAGGGGCGUGUGGCUGCACUGGCCCGGAUCCAUUCAUGUCACGUAUCCUGGGAUCAGUUAUUGAUGAAGCAUGGUGAAUGGAUGGAUGGAUGGACGAGUGAUGUCGGGUUGGUAUGCGAGGACCCUUGGUCUCUUACUGGAUUGAUUUUCUGGAUUGAUGGGAUCAUGGCGGCAUCAUUGUUGUUUAUGUUGGAUUCAUCUGUUUUGGGAUCUUUAUCUGGCUGGAGGGCCAUAUCGACUGAUAGAUGAUGGAAUGGAUGAAGAUUGAGAGGAUUGUGGUGUUGAUGGAUCAGGCUGAUCGAAGUGAAGUGGCAGGAGGAGAGAUGUCUGGUGGCUCAGCGUGGAGCCCUCUCUCCUUCUCCAUCCCCCCUGCGCCUGACAACUGGUGGUGUCUUGGUCACCACUGGAGGUCGGCUCGACCCCGAGGAAGUUCCUCAUCUUCACGGCUGGUCGGUGGGAGAUGAGGCCGGUGACAUGAUCCUCGCUGGUCAGGUCCUUCUUCUCACUGCUGGUGAGUCAAAUGGCUCAGUGACCUGGACUUUAACUUGGAGAUUACAUGGUACUGUAGCUGACCUGGGUCCAGUUGACCAUGUGAGAGUGGCGUUGGACCCUGUGACCUUUUGGGCGCGAGAGUUUUUUUUUUUUUUUUUAAUGAAAUAAUCAACUAUGAUCUCACUAUUUCAAAAGGCUGUAGCUUGAAAACCGUCGGAGAUGAAGGCAUUCUCUUAAAGAAACAUCUGUGUUUGGGAUGGAAGUACAUUCACUCAGCUGUCUAGUUUGUCGCCAGGUUGCAAACAUAGUGAAUCUUGUGACUUGCAGAUGUUUAUCUGAUCCACUGGAGACACUCUUCCUCACCUCUCAAGCAACAGUGAUGAUGAUGGUCGGGCAAGUGGCGUUUCCAGUCGCAGCCUUUUCUCCCGUGGCAUCUACCACGUCUGCCUCUGUCACUGGUUUGUUCUUGGGGACAGUUUUCAAUCUCUUUCAACUCCAACGUUUGAUAGAAACUCGCCCACAGAUGUCUCUCAGAUUGAAGUCACAGGAGCCUGCCCUCUGCUUGUCUAAAGUAGGAACUACAUCAGGCUCCAUGUUGGCAGCUGGGCUUGUUUAAACGCUGCCGUCACAGAACAGCCGCAGGGUUAACUUGCUGGUGACUCAAGUAGGAAGCUGAACGUCAGGCUUUAUAGACGCUUGCAGGCUGCUAUUGUGGCGAGCCUCAGCGUUGGCGCUGGCCGUGCUCAGAUCCCAGUGAAACUCUUGUCCAUAGAUGCGCUGCGUUGUCGGAAAUGCUUAGUGGUGGUUCAGUGCACACUGCAUGUUUGAGAGCAGUCGUCGUGGAUGAGUCGCCCCUCGUUCGUCUGCAUUAGCCGUGAUGUUGGUGUGAGGCCUGGGCAGCUGGAUGAGCUCAUAACAUCAACCCCUCAGGCCGAACAUAGUCCUUUCUCAUUUCAUGAUUUUAUGUGACAGUUAUGUUCCCAGUGCUUAAUGUAUCUAUUAGGAAGCGUUCUACAGUCAGAAUGAAGCUUCUGUGUGGUCCAAAGGAUGAGAGUCUGCAGCUCAGCAGGAACCUUGGCCACGGAGCUCAUGAAUGAAUGAUGUAUUUUUUGAACUGACACUCACUCUCCUAUUCAGCGCCUUGACACCUGUGAGCUUCACACCCUGUUUGUCAUGGUUUUCCAUGAGAUUUUCCCUCCAUUUCUCAAAAUCUGUUCCACAGGAGACAAGAACCGAAGUAUUUGUGCAGUGAAAUGCCAUACUUGUUUAUUUGACUCCUCCAGUGAAUCAUUGAGUAAAUAAACAGCAAUUCAUACAAGUCAAAGACUAGCUAGUCUCAUGAAACAGCGUCACA